UGGAGAUGGUGGACGGUGAGGGAAAGUCAGACUCCAGCCCGGAGAGAGAGGCCGCAGCAGAAGACGACUCUAAAGACACAGAUCCCUGCAAGAAGAGGAAGAGGAAGCCCUACCGGCCCGGGUAUUGGAGGAUUCAUGGUCAGACAGAGGAACCGGAUGGGUCCGGGCAGAACCAAACAGGCCUUGUUCAGGAAGGACUCCACUGGCUCUGAGACCCUGCAAGGCAAAGAUGAGAGCUGGGGUGACCAAGCGCCUGACACUCCAGUUGAUGAAAAACCUCCUUUAUCUGACUUUCCCGACAAUCCUGAGGUUAAAAUAAGGAAACGCUACAGGAAAAAGAAGACCAAACUGGAGGAGGCUUUCCCUACUUACCUACAGGAGGCCUUUUUUGGGAAAGACCUGCUGGAUAAGAGCAAACAGAGCAAACAGGAAACCACACGGCUACUAGAGGAUGAGCGAGACAGGAAACAGCUCUCGGCCAAUCAGAUGAAGCCACUGUCGAACGCAUCACUCAAUGCAUCAGCGGCACUGCUGCCCAGUAAAGCAGCAGCAGCACAGAAUUCUGUGGAGCCUCUAGUGGACCUGUCCGAAGAGCUGAAAUCAGACACAGAGCUGCUGGGAGUGUUUUCAGAUAACAAGCAAACAGAGGAGUCCGGUCUUGAUUUUUGCCCUUUCCAAGUUGAGUACUCUCCUUCACCAUUUGGUCUGGACGUUGCUCCUUUAACAGAGGACGCAUCCCUUUCAUCUCAAACUCAUCUAGGCAGAACUCACAUUCGUCAGGUGCCUGAGGAGCCACUGGAUGGCAUCCUUAGCCCUGAACUGGACAAGAUGGUCACAGAAGAAUCCAUACUCAGCAGACUUUACAAAAUACCAGAGCUUGGUGGGAAGGAUGUGGAGGAUCUCUUCACAGCUGUCCUGAGCCCCAGCACCAGCCAACCUCCUCAGAUGCCUCAACAGAUCCAGGGAGCUCAAACCCUGCAAGGUCCCACAGGCCCUGGUUUACAUCCCUCCCAACCCAACUCAGGAAUGUCUUCACGAAUGCCAGUGAUGAACGGUUUGAUGGAACCCAAACAGCAGUUUUCACAGUCCCAAAUUGGUCCUGGAGCAGAGCCUGAUAUGUCUCGAAAUAUCCCAUCAAUGCAGCGCAUGGCUUUCUCAGACAAUCUUAGGGACAGGAAGUUUAAUCUGAUAGCGCAGGAGACUGCUGGUCCGUGGUCCGCUACAGGGUCAACUUCUGCCUCUGCUCCAGCUGCUGCCUCUGAGGUGGAGGGAGACUCCUUGUCCACCGCACAGAAAAGCACUUUGAAGUGGGAGAAAGAGGAAACGCUUGGAGAACUUGCUACUGUUGCACCGGUCCUGUACACUAAUGUCAAUUUCCCAAACCUCAAGGAGGAAUAUCCAGACUGGUCAACACGAGUGAAACAAAUUGCAAAACUGUGGAGAAAAGCAAGUUCACAGGACCGGGCUCCAUAUGUGCAAAAGGCCAGAGAUAACAGGGCCGCCCUGCGCAUUAACAAAGUUCAAAUGUCCAACGAGACCAUUAAGAGGCAGCCGCCCCAGCCACAGCAGCCUUUAGAAGUGUUUGAUCCUGCUAUUCCACCACUGGACCCAGAAUUACUGUUCAAAGAUCCACUGAAGCACAAGGAAUCAGAGCAUGAACAAGAAUGGAAGUAUAGACAACAAAUGAGACAGAAAAGUAAGCAACAAGCUAAGAUUGAAGCUACACAGAAACUUGAGCAGGUGAAGAAUGAACAACUUCAACAGCAGCAGCAGCAACAGCUCCCAUCAAUCAGCCAAUAUGAGCAUGACUCUUCCAGUAACCUAAAGAGUCCAGUGUCUGUGCAUUCCAACGAUGGGAACAUGUCUCCCAAGCAACCCAGUUCAAAAAAUGGGGUUUCAAAUUUACAGAUGCCUGGCACGCCCACAUCGUGUUCCCCAGAUGAUGUCUUUUUGCGCCCUCAUCCACCACCCCCAUCUUCAGGAUCUCAGCCACAGAGCCCUCAGAUGUUCUCGCCAAGCUCCUCUGGCUCUAGACCAUCCUCACCCUGGGAUCCCUACACCAAAAUGGUAGGCACACCCAGACCACCAACUAUUGGGCAGGGAACUCCACGCCGUAACUCAGAAUCAGGGAAAUCUCCCAGAGGUCUUUCAGAGCCAAUUGGCUCUCCAACAGCCAUAUGUAAUGACCCCUAUGCCAAGCCCCCAGACACCCCAAGACCAGCAGGAGCUACAGACCCUUUUCUCAAACCUAUGUGCCCUCCCAGAGCUAGUCAGACUUUGGAAGGGAGGCAUCUUAUUGGCUCCCCAGGCCAUGAUCCAUUCUCUAGGGUGUCUGUGAGAAAGGAAGCCUACCAGAGGAUGCCUCAGGGCAGGAUGAUACUCUCAGACCCAUAUGCUCGUCCUUUACUCACACCUAUCCCAGGCAGCAAUGAAUCAGGGUCCGUCCAGGUCUUUAAAACCCCUAUGCCGCCCCCUCAGACUCAGGAACAAUAUGCAGGUAUGCAUGCCCGGAGAGCAAGUGGGGAUCCCUUCGAAAGACCAAUGAUGCCCCCUCGUUCCUCUGAGGGAUUCUCCCAGAAUCAACAGAACGAUCCUUAUGCGCAGCCUCCGCUCACUCCUCGUCCUGCAGUUAGUGAUGGCUAUGCAAAUCAAAGGGUUUCACGACAGCCCCAAACCCUCCCUUUUUCUCAGCCUGGGCCAAUGGCACGCCAGCCUUCCUGUAAUCCAUAUGCUCGAGCCCCCUCCACCUCUCGACUAGACUAUUCCCAGUGUGAUCCCUAUGGACAACAACCUGCUACACCAAGACCUUCGAGUGACCCUUUUACUCAGUCUCCAUUUUCUAACCCAUACACCAGAAUGCCAGGCACACCUAGACCACAUGACCCUGAACCCUACUCUCAGCAGCCUGUAUCUCGCCAUCCGGUCAUGAUGAAUCAGCCCUCUCAGCAGCAGACUCAAAACCACAUAAUGUCCCCUAUGUCAAUGGACCCUUAUGCACAACCCCCUGGUACCCCACGCUCAGGAAUGGCAGACCGGUUCCCCAAGUCUCCAAGUCACCAAAGGACUCCUGAUCCUUUUAGUCAACCUCCUGGACUACCGCGCUUUGUUGGGCCCGAUCCUCAAGCACAGUCAGUGAGAAGGUCCCAGUCAUUACCUAAUGAUUCAUGUGCACAUCCCCCACGAACACCUCAUCCUGGAGGCAUCGGACAGGGCUUGGGACCUGGGCCCAUGUCUAAUCAAGAUCCAUUCUCUCCUGCUCAAGUCUUGAUGCUAGACACAUUUGCCAAUCCAACAAAACUUGGACCUCAGCCUCUCAAACAUCUGGCCAUGACAGACGAAACCGGAUCUCAGCUGCUAUCCAGUCGACCCAAUCAAACUCCCAUCCAUGACCCUUUUGAGCAGGCCCCCAUGCUUUCACAUCCUCAGUGUGGAGAAAACAAAGAGCAACAAGGUUUGGUACAGAGUAUCAGUUCCCACACCAUGGGCCAGCCCAGCUCUGAAGCUCAAACGGUACCUCUUGCAGAAGCUGAGGAAAGACUCAGACAGCGUCAGCGUAUUCGUGAGUUGAUCCUCAAACAGCAACAGCAGAAAAGUGCCAUACGUCAAGACAAGGGUGUACAGGAUCAUCCUCUGACCAUGCCUCCAGGAACCCCUCAGCACUGGAGUCAGGAGUCUACAGGCCAACAGAGUGAAAUUUUUAAUCGCCCGCCACCACCAUAUCCUGGUCCAGGAGCUGUAAGAGCCCCUCAGAGAUUCCAUGGGCCAUUCCCAGGAGAUCAGCAGGGACAUUUCCCUGAAGGCCAGUUUCCUAGACUACAGUUUCCUGGGGAUGCUGACUCAAAUAUAAGGCAGCUUGGGCCAAGGAUGCCCAUCACUCCUAAUAUCCAAGGUCCUCUGGGAGCUCCAAGGCCUCAUCAGAUGCAGGACCCAAUAAUUGAAGCUCAUCCACAGAUGAGAAGAUCCAUGUCUAUGGAUUUGGGAAAAUCAAUAGGAGGCAACCCUUUAGUAACCUCACAUUUGCCUCCUCGUGGCAUGCACGUACAACAGCACAACAUCAUGGGGCAGCCUUUUAUAGAACUGAGACACAGAGCACCAGAUAGCAGACUGCGGCUUCCCUUUGGAUCUCUUACUAUGCAGGGAAAUCGAAUGGAAUUGCCCUCACAGCAACGACCCCCAGGUUUCAUGGAUGGCCAAGAAAUGGGAUUCCCCUUCAAUCAGAUUCCAAAACCAAUGGACACAACAAUGAAUCAGUCUCAGGUAGCUAAUACGCAGAUGCAGGCAUCUCUCAGCUUGGGGAAUUUACAGCAGGCCAAUAUUCCGUUGAGAGCUGGACAUCCACAAGUCCCCCUGACAAGGUCUAUAAGCCAACCUGCUUCCAACGAGGCUCUCAGUGCUCCCUUACUCACAAGUAUUGCUGCUACAUCUGCCGUUCAAAAUGAUGAGGUCCCUUUAUCCACAAAUGAAGUACCUGAGGAGAAAAUCGAUACUGAUGAAUCUGCUGUGAAGGACCUUGAAGAUGUUGAGGUAAAGGACUUUGUCGAUGCUGACUUAGAGAACCUCAAUCUCGAUCCAGAUGAUGGAAAGGACUUGGAUCUUGAAACCAAUGACCUGCAUCUAGAUGACUUCUUAACGUCUGGGAAAUUUGAUAUAAUUGCUUAUGCUGUUGCUGAUUUAGAUCUUAGCGAGGACCUGGAUCUCAGUGACCCAAUAGAAGACCACACUGAGACAUCUGAUUUCCAAAAGACAAAAGCAGAGAAAAAGACUGAUAGUUUUGAUGGAUCAUCGUGCUCUACAUCGACAGCGAAGGAAGUGGUAGACAAGACCGCUCAGUCUCAAGGUCACAUCGGUCUAGACGUUCCCCAGGAUCAGGUGCUGGUUUCUUUGAAAACAGAGGAGGAUAGCAAAAAUGGAAUUAAAGAUUGCUUGUCCCAAGCCACCUCUUGUAAGAAUCAGGUAAAUGAUGGUGCUGCAAUUAAUCAAGCUGGCUUUGAAAAUGACAUUGAUGCCAGUUUACAGGAUUCAAAGUCUGGAAUUCACUCCGAUGCUACUCCAGUGCUUUCAAGUAUGCUGGUCAAUGUACCACUAGAAGGUGAAUCACAGAAGCAGGAACACUGUGGACAGUCAGGGGCACAAAGCAACCCUCCAAAUCAGGAAGCUACCAUGUCACUCAGUAGCACUAUGCCAGGGCAAGGAAACUUCUCAGUACAGAGGAGGGAUACUAACUUCAGUAUUGACCAAUCGUUGGUGUCUUCUCAUGGUGAAAGUGCAUUAGAAGUCCCAGGCUCCAUUCAGGAAAACCAACAAAGCCAUAUUUUUGGUUUGGAUCAAAAGGAUGCUGUACUCUCAGGGGAACAACACAGUAUUCUUACUCAACAGGCAAUGCUGUCACAGCAAGACCUUCAGAACAGACCACUGCUUCUGGAAGAGCAGCCACUUCUUCUCCAAGACCUCCUGGAUCAGGAGAGACAGGAGCAGCAGCAGCAGAAGCAAAUGCAAGCUAUGAUAAGACACCAUUCUAGCGAGUCUUUCUUCCCCAACAUAGAUUUUGAUGCUAUCACAGACCCUAUAAUGAAGGCAAAGAUGGUUGCAUUGAAAGGAAUCAAUAAAAUGAUGGUCCAGAACAACAUGGGAAUGUCUCCUAUGGUCAUGAACAAUGUCCAGACAGGGCAGGCGUUACCAGGCCCUGAUGGAGGUAUAACUCCUAUGCAGUUGGCUGGACAGGAUGACAAACUUGCUCCUCACAUGGCACGACCCAAUCCCCCAAAUUUUGGGACAGGAUUUCCCCAUGACGCACAGAAGGUUCAGUAUGAGGACUGGCUCAGGGAAACCCAACAGCUGCUUCAGAUGCAGCAGAAGUUUUUGGAGGAGCAGAUUGGGGCCCACAGAAAGUCAAAAAAGGCCUUGUCAGCCAAGCAGAGAACUGCCAAGAAAGCAGGACGAGAGUUUCCUGAGGAGGACGCAGAGCAGCUGAAACAUGUGACAGAACAGCAGGGGGUGGUGCAGAAACAGCUGGAACAGAUUCGCAAACAGCAGAAGGAGCAUGCAGAGCUGAUAGAGGAGUACAGGGUUAAACAGCAGCAGCAAGGUGGCAUGCAGCCCGCAAUGAUGCAUGGAAUGCCGCCAAUGCAACCUCAUGCUGGCAUGAUGCCAGUUGGGCCCCCAAUGAACCAACCUAUGAUGGGUCCCAUGAUGCCCAUCCGUCUCCACCCUGGUCAACCAGAUGCAGCUAAUGUGACCAACACAGCAGGUUGGCACCCUGGCGCACCUGUUCCCAGUGGAGGACCUCAAAUGCCAGGAGUAAUGCCCGCUCAAGUAGUGCAGGCACAGCCUCCUCAGCCGGCAGUGGCUAGGCCCAGUCAGGGGCAGGCAGGGGGUGAGUCUUCUCAUGUGAAUUUCGAUGAUACCAACCCAUUUAGUGAAGGUUUCCAGGAACGUGAGCGCAAGGAGCGACUACGGGAGCAGCAGGAGAGGCAAAGGGUGCAGCUCAUGAAGGAGGUGGAAAGGCAGCGGGUGAAACACUGCAUGGAGCAGCAGCAAGUCCCUAACUGCCAAGAUGGCACCAUGAGGGCCUUGUCCCAAAUGCCUUUUUAUAACCAGGAGCUACCGCAGGACUUCAUGCAGCCACCCAGAAUGCAGCAGCAGAUGCAAUGUCCACCAUUUCCACAGCAGCAAGGCAUGCAACCAGGGUUCGUUGGAGGACCAUCCAGACCAAUGAUGGGUAACGGUCCAUUCCCUCAGGAAAUGGGACCGGGGUUUGUUCCUGAGAACCUAGCACCCCAUGGGCCUAACUUUGUCCAAGCACAAACUAGACCCCAGAGAUAUCCUGGGCCAAACAUGAUGCCUCAGAAUCCAACUCAAGGGCAUCAGUUUCCAAACUUUCCAGGUCCCGGUCCAUCACUUAUCCAGCUGUACUCCAACAUCAUUCCAGAGGAGAAGGGCAAGAAGAAAAGGAACCGCAAGAAGAAGAAAGAUGAUGAUUGUGAGUCUCUGAGAGCUCCUUCCACACCUCACUCGGACCUGACAGCCCCAUUAACCCCCUGCGUGUCAGAUACAUCAUCCACACCGACAAGGAACCCAAUGGUCUUUGGCGACCAUGAGUUCUGCGAGACGUCCCAGCCUGGAUCGUCUACACCAGGCUCCAUGAGCAGCCAGCCUCACUCUGAGCUGGAGCGCCAGCUUUCUGAAGGCAGCUGUGGUGGAGGGCCAGAGAUGGCCAUGGCCCAACAGGAAAUGCAUGACAGGAUCCUGUCCAACAUCAAAUUGGAGAAGGUGGAGGCGAGUGAUUGCCACGGGCAUAAGGAAAUGGAGAUGGAAAUGGGACUAGGCAUGGUCAAGGUAGAGGGAGGGAGAGAAGGAAUGUUGCCUCAUCCUGCGAGCCAAAGUCCAGCCAACAGCUCCAAAGGAGAAGCUGGGAAUGAACUCCUCAAACACCUCCUGAAGAAUAAGAGGACUCCACCUCCUGCACUGCCCCACCAGAGGUCUGAAGACAGUUUGAGGCCAGAGGAAGAGGGAUCGACGGACUACAAAGCAUUUCUGCGACAGAGCUCCAUGGAUAGCACUGGGACAUUUUCAGAUUUGAACCACCCUGAUUUCCCCGGGCCAUUACUUCCAGAGGACAAGAAGAAACAGAGGAACAAGAGGGCACCCAAGAGUGGAGACAGACCCGCUCCCCGCUGUAAAAAGCGAAAGAAAGAAGAGGACGGGAAUCGAGCAGUGUAUUCCUCUACUGAGCCAGUAAUGACCCAGUUAAAACAGCAGCAGCUUUCUCUCUUGCCCCUAAUGGAGCCUCUGGUGGGGGUGAACUUUGCCCAUUUCGUGCCCUAUGGGGGCGGACAGCUGGACGGUGAGAGCCGUCUCUCGGGCACAUUUGGGAGCGCCUCAUUGGACGGUGUCUCUGACUAUUACUCCCAGCUGAUUUACAAGCAGAAUAAUUUGAGUAACCCUCCCACGCCUCCCGCCUCUCUUCCCCCGACUCCUCCUCCAGUGGCGCGCCAGAAAUUGCUCAAUGGCUUUGCCACAACAGAGGAGCUUGCCAGCAAAGGUGCCGUAAUUGUUGGCCAUGAUGUCACCAAAGGGCUGCUUUCUCGACCGCUGCAGUUUAAGGCUGAAGAGGAGCUGCUGGCUCGAGCUCUGGCUCAGGGGCCCAAAACUGUGAAUGUGCCGGCCUCUCUUCCCACCCCGCCUCAUAACAACCAGGAAGAGCUCAGGGGACAGGAGCACUGUGAAGACAGAGACACCCCAGACAGCUUUGUCCCGUCGUCUUCCCCAGAGAGUGUUGUUGGCAUGGAGAUCAGUCGCUAUCCUGAUCUCUCAUUGGUCAAGGAGGAGCCUCCUUCUCCAGCCCUGUCUCCAGUAAUUCCAAUGUUUCCUGUCUUUAGGGGCAAAGGCUCAGAGGUCAGGUUGCGAGAGGUCAAGACCGAGCCUUCAUCGGUGUUCUUCGGCUCUCCAUUUGGAUCAGUGCAAAAUGGCUCCAACACUGGACUGGUGUCCAUCGCCAUCACGCUGAAGCCAGCAGCUGCUGAGAACAUCACUGACGUUGUUGCAGCCAUUGCUGACCUGAUCCGUGUGAAGAUCCCCAGCAGCUAUGAGGUCAGCAGCGGCCCGGGGGGAACUAUGGGGGCCAUCAAGACCUCGGUGGAUCCACAGCGUCUGACCUCUGCACAUCACGAGCCGAAUGGACUGAGGGCCACACAGCUUCUGCACAACCAUAACAAAAGUCUUGUUGGCGGUAGAGCGCAGAAUAAGAAGAUACAGGAAAGCCCAGGACCGAAGCAACAGUGGUGUCAACACUGUAAAGUGGUUGUCCUGGGAAAUGGCGUGAGGAAAAUUACCAAAGAUGAGCAGGGCAAAGCACAGGAGUCUCCGUUAUGUUCGGAUGCUGGUUUGGUGUUCUGCAGUCAUAGCUGUCUCAUUCUGCACUCAUCCUCCUCUCAGUCCAAUGGGAACGCUGACACCAAGGCAUCUGUUGCUCUACUUCCUGAAAGUGCUUUGAAACAGAGUCCCUCUAAAGUGCAGCACCAGUACAGCAACAACAUGUCCUCGCUGGAUGUCCACUGCCUGGCCCAACUCCAGCCCAAACCGUCCCCUUCCUCUAUGAACCUUCACACGGCUUUUGCCCCAGCUGAGGCGGCUCGAGCGAUCAAGAUAGAAUCCAAACCUGAAAGCAUAUCGGAGAGCCAUCUUAAAAUGACGGUAAAGCUUAAACCAUGUUCCCAGAGCCACAUGGAAGACAAACCAUGGCAUCACGGCAAAAGGUGGAAAGGCCUGCGCUGGCGUAAGUGGACGGUACACAUCACAAUACCAAAAGUUGCCACCCAAACAUCUGAGUCAGAAGUUGAGGAGCUUUUGCAGCAGCUCAACUCAUCUCUGCGGCCGUGCUCAACCACCCUCGAUCGGCGCCGCUGCUGUUUCUGCCAACAGAUAGGCGAUGGGAUGACGGAUGGCCCAGCCAGGCUGCUCAACCUGGACUUGGAUACCUGGGUGCACCUCAACUGCGCCCUCUGGUCCUCUGAGGUCUAUGAGACGCAAGCAGGGGCCCUGAUCAAUGUGGAAUUGGCGCGCCAACGAGGACAAAUGGUGGUUUGUGCAUUCUGUCAGCGCUUGGGUGCCACCAGUGGCUGCCAUCGACUGCGUUGCCUCAACAUCUACCAUUUCACCUGCGCCCUGCAGGCUGGCUGUACGUUUUUCAAGGAUAAGACAAUGCUGUGCCACCAGCACCGGCCGCGAGGAUCUGGCGCCGCCGCCGGGUUGCACUUAGAACAGCAGCUGCGCUGCUUCUCCGUGUUCCGCCGCGUCUUCGUGCAGCGAGACGAGCUACGACAGUUAGCGGCGGCCGUACAGCAGCCUGAACGUGGCCAUACUUUCCGAGUGGGCAGUUUGCUUUUCCAUGCAAUGGGUCAGCUGCCACCUGCCCUGCUGCCCACGUUUCAUUCGUCCAUAGCCAUCUUUCCACCUGGAUACGAGGUGAGCCGUCUCUACUGGAGCAUGCGGCACGGCCAGAAGCGCUGCCGGUACGUCUGCUCUGUGGAAGAGCAUGAGGGGCGUCCUGAAUUCAGCAUCCGUGUCAUUGAGCAGGGCUACGAGGAUCUGGUGCUGACCGACACCACUGCUAAAGGAGUCUGGGACAAGGUUCUUGGGCCCGUGGCUGAGAGGAGGGCUGAGACGGGCAUGCUGAGACUCUUCCCCGUCUACCUGAAGGGAGAGGACCUGUUUGGGCUCACCGUCUCAGCAGUUACCCGCAUUGCUGAAUCGCUGCCAGGUGUGGAGGCGUGCUCCAGAUAUCGAUUCCGUUAUGGACGUAAUCCCAUGUUGGUGCUUCCACUGUCCAUCAAUCCAUCUGGUUGCGCUCGUUCUGAGUUGCAGACAUUCCCCCAUCAUGAGAGGCUGAAGACCCUCUCCGUGUGGUCCAGAGCAUCUCAAUGCAUCCAGAACUCAACAGUGGUGGAAAGAGGAUCUUCUCACAGCAAGCACUUUGUGCACUCUAAGUCAUCUCAGUACCGCCGACUGACCAGCGACUGGAAGACAAACGUGUAUCUGGCUCACUCUCGCAUCCAGGGUCUUGGGCUGUUUGCAGCGCGUGACAUUGAGAAGCAGACCAUGGUGAUUGAAUACAUGGGGGAUAUUCUGCGCGCUGAGGUGGCCAUGAGGAAAGAGCUGCUGUACAAGGCUAAGAACCGCCCAGCGUACAUGUUCCGCAUCAGCAGCGAGCGAGUUAUCGAUGCAACCCGGUCUGGAAGCCCUGCAAGGUACAUCAAUCAUUCAUGCUCACCGAACUGCGUGGCUGAGGUUGUGACGUUCGAGCGGGGCCACAAGAUCAUCAUCAGUGCCGCCCGCAGGAUUGAGAGGGGAGAAGAGGUAAGGAAGAGGGAAUUCACUAAAAACUGCACCCCUGAAUGUCUCAUUUAUUUUUAUGCACCUUAAAUGAAAUAUGCACAUCAAGUAAUAGUGCAAACAUGCCCCAUAAAUUAGCAUUGCGAUGCACAGCACAAUAUUGCAGAGUGGCUCUGCUAGAUUGUGAAGGAUGCAGCAGACCUUUGCAAUCGGGCAUACCUUUAGGGGUAUAAAAUCAGUUAUUAUCACCAAAUUGGACUGAACCAUCCGAAACAGUCUGCGGCUCAAGCCAGCACUGGUCUAAAGAGGCUCUGGAUUACACAGGUAAUAAUGCUAUAAAUAAUGUUUCUUGCACAAACUGAUUGUUUCGCUUCAUAAGACCUCAAUAUAUCAUCA